GCUCUCAAUGAGAACCACAUGCAGGAUGAGGGAGGCAGGCCACUGACUAAGCUAGCCUGACUAAGAGAAGCUGUGCUGAAAGAAUCCCUCUCACAUUUUCACAAGGCAGCAAAGGGGACAGGACCUUAGAGGAAACCCUGCAACCCUGCGAAAAGGCAAGCAAGAAAAAAAAAUAUAUAUCCUUCCUGGAAUCUCACACCAUCCCAGCAGGAUUGUUAAAGAAGAGAGAGUUGUUUUUAAUCACCAGAAACAAGAGUUUACUCAAGGGGUUCACUGCAAAAGCUUUUUGCUAGCAAAAGACAUGUCGAGUGCUAUCGUGAGAAGGAACUCCAGCAAGAUAGGUUUGCAAAACCUCUUAAGGCUGACAGCUCAGAGGAGUAUUGAAGAUGAGGAGGAGAUAGCAAGAGAGCGUCGUCGCAGGGCUCGAGAGGGGUUAGGAAGCCAGAGCAACUUCUCCAGCACCAGCCUCACUUCCCCUGAUAAUGCCUCACCAGAAGAGGAUCGCCUGCUUGAUUGUGAGUUCAAGCCUUCUUACCCAGUAGCCAUGGAGGAAGACGAGGGCUUCAGUGACUGGACCCAGAAGCUGGAGCGUCGCAGGCAAAAACGCUUAGAGGAGCAAGUCCAAGGGGAGGAAGACAGUCUGAGCGAAGCAAAGCUGGUACCAGUGCAGAGCCAGAGGAAACAGGACGAGCAGAAGGAACUGGAAGAAGAGUGGGAGAGGAAGGAGAAAGACAGGCGGGAUCUGAGCCAGAGGAAACUGGACGAGCAGAAGGAACUGGAAGAAGAAUGGGAGAGGAAGGAGAAAGACAGGCGGGAUCUGCAUGAAAAACUGCAACGAGAGGAGACCGAGCAAAGACAACAAGAGAAGGAGAAGGGUAGGUUGAGGAAAGAGGAAGAUAGGAGGAACGCAGAGAUCAAGAAGAAAGAAGAGGAACACAGAAGGGAAAUGGAAGAAAAGGUUAAAGAGAAGGAUGGCGAGGUUAAGGUUUCGUACACAUCUAGAGCCUUUCUGCAGCAGGAAGUCAUACAUAUCAAUAGCAACGGCAAUGCAGCUGAAAAGGAAGUGACAUUGCAUCUUACUUCACCUAAAAGGAUACUAAGGACCACUAGCCAGUCCCAGGUAGAUGACGAUGAGCAGGACGUGUUCACAGAGACAGAGCAGAAGCUGGAGAAGAUCCGACGUAGCCACGAGGAGAAGGAGAGCCAGGAGUACGAGUGGCUGCGGCAGAAGCAGGCGGAGGCCGAGGUGGAGCUGGAGGAGCUGAAUAAGAGGAGGGAGGAGCGGCGCCGCCUGAGGGAGGAAGAGGAGCGCCAACAGGAGCAAGAGGAACUCGAGAGGAAGGCCAAGGAAGAGGCUCAUCUGUUGCAGGAGGAGAAAAGACGAAUGAAAGAGGAGAUUGAGAGACGAAGGAUGCAGGCAGCAGAGAAGAGGCAGAAGACUCUGAGCACCUCAAGCUGUGAGGGAGACGAGCCCUUCAGUCCUCUGAGCCCCAAGAGCCCAACCUUCAAGAAUGAGAAUGCGGAGAGAGUAACGGCAGGAAAUACCCACUCGAUUAUCGAGAGAACAGAUUCUUUAAAUCGCUCCCUGAAAAAAAGUAACAGCAUUAAGAAGAUACAGCCCCAGAUACCCAUCUCCAGAAUUGACAACAGACUGGAGCAGUACACACAUGCCAUAGAGAGUUCUACCAAGGAAGCCAAACAAUCCCUGAUAGACAUUCCACAGACUGCUGAACUGGUGGCCUCUAAGAAGAGCCUGUGGGAGGGAGGUGAAGCCUUGAGUCCUUCCUCCUCCAAAGGAACACCAUGCAAAGAUACUGAAGGCCUGAAAGUUGGAGUGUCGGACCUCAUUACUCAGUGGGUGAAAGGAACCCCAGACGGUAGCAGCAAGAACACUCCCUCCAAACCAUCUGAUGUAAUGGCAGGCGAUGUAUUAAACAAAAAGAACAUAUGGGAAAACAAAAUAGAUUCAACUCCCUCAGCUAAUAAAGGAGCAGCGCUGAAAGUGAGUUGGACCAGGACACCGGACUUCGAACUUUUCCAAACAAAUGGAAGUUUAGCCACAUCCCUUGAUGGCAUAGAAAGCACACCAUCUGGUAAAAGGUACAAAUUUAUUGUGAGUGGACAUGGCAAAUAUGAGAAAGUUCCAAUCAGUGAUGACAAUCAUGCUGAAUAUACAAAUGAUGGAGCCUACCACGAAGAAUCUUGAAAAUGUACUGUAACUGAUGUCUUUUUUCUUUUCUAAUUUAUGAACUGUCGCAAGGUGGUUGUUGUAGCUGAUAUUAUCCACACUAUUGCUACCUUGUAUCACUUAAUCCCAGAUUAAGUGAUACAUAAUCUUACCUGUCUUUAACAUCUUACUUCGUUGUAGAAUUCCUAAAAUAAUCAAGAUAAUGAUUUGCAUCUCAGUUACUGAAAACAAUAAUAAUUAUUUUCCAUCAUUAUACAUUGGCAUAAUAUGCAGUGGGAUUUUGUAACUUUUAAAAUACAAAAAUAAAUAGCUUUUUAUUAAAAAAAAAAAAAGGUUUAAUAAUUGUACCUAACAUUUCUUCUUUUUACUUUUUGUAUUGAACCUGUUCUUGUAAUUGCAUUGUCUUAAUAUAAAUGCAAUGUCUAUUUCUAAAUGUUAUACUGUACAACAAAAAGCUUGCAAUGCUUUCUUGGCCAAGACCAUAAUAUCCAAAGGAUGUGCACUUGCACCAUCAACACACAUAUAGCCUACAGUAAUACAGUGUAUUAAGUAUCACAAGUUUCAUAUUUUAGCAACAUAUUCUACUGGAGUUAAUACUGACUUUGUAUCAGAUUUACAAUGGUGCACAAAGUACUGAAUGUAAAAACAAGCACACCUGUGUUGGAUUGUUGCUUUAAUACUUUAGUUAGAGAAUGGUACAUUACAAUAUUACAGUUAGGCAUUAUUAGGACCUGGUGUUUAAUGGAUCCUCUCAAGCAUUUUGUAGAGAUCAGGUAAGAACUGCUUUUCCUAUUAGCCUUAGCAAAAUACGAUGCCACUGUAUUCUGUGUUCUUACUUUGAAUGUCUAUUAUAUCCGCUGUAUUAUUUUGUUUCUUAAAAAAAUAAAGAAUGUAAAGUUUCAUAUUAA